AUGGCAGAGAAAGACGAAAACCGGCCUUCGCCCGACUACUCGGGCUCUCACAGACACGACAUCGACGCUAUCAGUGUACAGAGCAGCCUAUCUGACGCCCCAACUGCUCGAGAUACAACUUCUGAAAAGCUUGGCGAAUCUAUGAACAAUGGAAUCUCGGCUCAAGUUGACGAAGGGAUUUUGGGUGACCCUGAGAACAUGACCAGAGUCUCCAGCGGACCAGCAUACAGUACUUUCUCUAAUAACACCAAACGAUGGAUCUUGGCCUUGGUCACUGCCGCUAGUUUCGUCUCUCCUAUGACUGCCAAUAUCUAUUUCCCUGCGCUGAACCCAAUUGCCGACGACCUGAACAUCUCCAUUUCACUCAUCAACCUCACCUUGACAUCUUAUAUGAUCUUUCAGGGGCUAUCCCCUACCAUAUUUGGUGAUUUUGGUGACAUGGCAGGACGUCGGCCAGCUUACAUCGUCGCCUUUUCUAUCUACAUAGGCGCCAACAUAGGGCUGGCCCUGCAGCGGAACUUUGUUGCACUCUUGAUCUUACGGUGUGUCCAAAGCGCUGGCAGUAGUGGCACCCUGGCUCUCGGUUACGCUGUUGUGGCCGACAUCUCAUCAACAGGCGAGAGAGGAAAAUAUAUGGGGAUUGUCGGAGCAGGAAUUAAUAUCGGCCCUGCUCUUGGCCCCUUGCUUGGAGGUAUAUUGAGUCAAUACCUAGGAUGGCCUGCCAUCUUUUGGUUUUGCGCCAUCUUCUCUGCUGCCUGGAUGAUCCCUUUCAUCCUCUCCGCCCCCGAGACAUGCCGCAACGUCGUUGGAAACGGGUCAAUAGCGCCCCAGAAAUGGAACAGAACACUACUCGACAUCUACAGCCAUAGAGGGGAUGUUCCAGACCAAAAUGUCCCGAAACGAAAGCUCAAGUUUCCAAACCCCUUGAAGACGUUGUAUAUCGUCUUCGAUAAGGAGAUGGCCAUUAUCCUAUGCAUUAACGCAAUCAUCUAUGUGGCUUUCAUCCUGACGGCGGCGACUUUGUCGACGCUUUUCAAAGAGAUUUAUGGGUAUAAUGACCUUCAGGUUGGUCUUUGCUAUUUGCCCUAUGGUUUUGGUUGUGCCUUUGCUGUUGUUGCUCAAGGGCGAGUCUUGGACUGGAACUAUCGACGAAUUGCGAAAGCGAUUGGUUUUACUAUUGACAGAAAACGAGGAAACGACCUGGCAAAGUUCCCAAUCGAAACAGCACGAAUCCAGGCUAUAUAUCCUAUACUGCUUGCUGGCAUUGUCACACUCAUCGGGUAUGGCUGGGCUCUGCAAGUCGAGACUAGCGUUGCUGUUCCACUUGUUCUAGUAUUCCUCAUUGGCAUGUUCGUACCAACUUCUUUCAGUGUUCUCAAUACUCUGAUUGUCGACCUAAACCCCAAUGCACCCGCUACAGCAACUGCUGCCAAUAAUCUUGUACGUUGCAUGUUUGGAGCUGCGUCUACUGCGGCUAUUGAUCAUAUGAUCGAGGGAAUGGGAAGAGAGGUAUGGGAUGGAGAGCCGCAAAAGCCAAGCGAGAAGCAUUGA